CUUUAAGCACGAAAGAUGCCGGGCCUGGUGGCCGCAAGCCCUGCCCCGCCUGAGUCGCAGGAGAAGAAGCCGCUGAAGCCCUACUGCGCCUGCCCAGAGACCAAGGAGGCGUGCGAUGCGUGUACCAUCGAGAAAGGAGAAGGGCACUGUAGACACCUAAUUGAGGCCCACAAGGAAUGCAUGAGAGCCCUGGGAUUUAAGAUAUGAAAUGGUGGCCUGCUCUGUGAAUGAAUAAUUUCAGAAGAAUGAAG